AUGGAAUCAGAAACUAAACGAGUUAAGAAAUCUAAAAAGGAUAAAACUUCAAAGAAGCAUAAAAAAGACCGAAAGCAUAAGAAACAUAGUAAGAAACGUGAGGAGCAGAGUGGUGGUAGUAGUACUGAUUCCGGAACUGAAAAGUUCGAUCUCGACAAUGCUAUUUGGGUUGAAAAGAAGAUCGAUCUACCUCCAAUUCCGGUUUCUUCACAAGACUCACUACAAUCGCAUGCAAUAGAUUCUAAUCAAGAUUUCGAGCGUAUACCUCAGAAGAUGCUUACCGAUUUCCGAAAUGCUUCAAACAGAUCGUUAUUUGUGAAGCCACAAAAUGAUGGAAUAUACGAAUCAUCAUCUGAUGCCAAUAAAUCAUCACCACUUAAACGUCCUCGUUCACCAUCUCCGACAAAUAUUACAGAUCAAACUUCUUCUGUAUCUACUACGAACUUUACAACUUCAUAUAUACCUUCAAUACCUCCACCUUCUUUAAACACACCCAAAUUGUCUUCUGACGAAUUAAAUAAACUACAAGCAAAAGCUUUACGUGCUAAAAUAAUGAAUUUGCCCAAUGCCAGUGAAUUGGAAAAACAAUAUGAGAAUGCUAGACUAGCGGUUGAGAAUAGUUCUAGUGGUGUGGAAUCAGAAACUCGUGUUGAGGUUUUACCAUUAUUGGAUAGUCGAGGAAGGCCUUACGAUCUUAGUGGCUCUGCAUCAAAAUUUUCUCAUCAUGCGGGAUCUUCUCGUCAUAAAAAAGAAAAGGUAGAAACACAUGACGCAACCGGUCAACGAAUACGAUAUUUCGGUAAUGACGACGAGUUGACGUUGAGUGAUUUAGUACGUCAAGAACGACUAGGAUCGGAUAAAUCAAUGGAUUCACAGAUAGCUGGAAGGAUAGUAGGAGAUUCAAAAUUUGAAAAUGCUGAUAACAUAGCCAAAAUUUCACAAAAAUCCGCGGAACAAAAACGACAUUUUGCUAUUGAAGAUUUUAAAAAAUCAAAGCAAGCUCUGGACAACUGUAUUUAUUGUCACAAUGACGCACCACCAAAAGUAGCGGUGGUUUCGAUGGGAUACAGGGUAUAUCUUGCUUUACCAACCGUAGUAGAAGUGGCUAAAGGGCAUUGUUUGAUUGUACCUGUUCAGCAUUGUUCAUCUACACUAGAAUGCGAUGAUGACGCAUGGGAUGAAAUACGGGAAGAUCAAGGAGUAAUUUUCAUGGAGACGGUUGUAAAUUUGAAAUAUCAAAAUCAUACAGUUAUUGAAUGUAUACCGAUGCCUUGGGACUUGGCCCAAGAUGCACCCGCAUAUUUUAAGGAAGGUAUAAUGGAAAGCGGUGGCGAAUGGUCACAAAAUAAAAAACUAGUAGACACGUCUAAAACUGGAUUCAGACGUUCAAUGGUUAAGGAAUUACCAUAUUUUCACGUUUGGUUUGGUUUGGAUAAAGGGUUUGGUCAUGUUAUUGAAAAGGAAAAAUCAUUUCCCCGAUGGUUUGGCAAGGAAAUAGUUGCUGGUGUGUGUGAUUUACCACCAGAUGUUUGGAGACGUCCUAAAAAGCAAAAUCCACGUGAUAAUAGUACCCGUGUAUCAGAAUUUAUGAAAAAAUGGAAAAAAUGGGAUUGGACAACAGUGCUCGAAGGAAAAUAA